UUAAAUAAAAAUGUUUUUAAUAAACUAGAGAUGGAGCAAAAUACACUACAUAAAAACGCAUUAUUAUAUAUGUAGUUUGUGUUCGUAUGGGCAUGAGUGAAGUCGGGUUGACGCUUGAUAUAAUGUGAAAAGCGACGACGCCAAGUUUCAGUCACCACUUGGCCAUCACAGUGAACACAUACGAGGCCGAGAGGCGCCUAAAAUUAACUGCUCUAGAACGAAAAUUGUGCGCGCAAAUAUUUAUAAACAAAUUUUACAAAUACAUACAUAUGUACAUAUAACAUUGAGAUCAGGAAGAGCAAGUGAAAAGCGAAAGACACACACAAAGUGUUAUCUGGCAGAUUUAGCGUCUGGCGGUGAAAAUUAAGAAAUCCAUGACAAUGUGUAUAAAAACACCGCUGUAUUAUGAAUAAAAUUUAAAGCAAAACUAUAAAAGACACGUGUAACAAAUAACAAGCAGCUGAAGAAAAUUAUGCACAAGUGAAACAAUGAACGAAACAAUAAUACAAACUCAACUAUGUAUGUGUGAAAACUAAAAAACUAAAUCUGCAAACAGUUGAGGAAAUACGUCAUUUCAUCAUUUCGUCGCAUCAAAAUUAACAUGCAGCAGUAAAAAAAAAGUUUCUCCUAUGGAAGACUCUGCGGCAAAACUCAUAAAGACGCCAAAUUCAUAGACGAUGUAAACGGUCGCAACACCCUAACACAUUUCGGAUAAGCUAAACCAAAACAACAAAACAAAAUUACAUAUAAACACGCAAAAAGUGAGAAUCGUCCCAAAAACAAAAAAAAAUGUUAAAUAUUUAAGAAAUCUCACCUGUAACUCCAAGCGAAUGACGAGCUAACAACUAACUGCAUUCUCGCACAGCUCAUCAUAGAAAGCCGCAAGAGAGCACGCACUUCCAAAGCUAUAUAGUACAGCCAGAAACAUCGAUGUAUUGCGUGCAACACACAUCACAGCAACAACAAGCACUACUACAACAACAAAGUCAAAGCGUACGCGGCCUAAACGAAGCUUGGAGCGAAAACAUCAAAGAUCACACAAAUCAACGCCAAAAUCUCUCGAAAACACGCGCACUACAUACAUACCCCGGAAUAGAAAGGUGUUCAGCCAGUGUUAGCUUAAAAAACUGCGAGUGCAGUUAACACCAGUAAGGUAAUCUAAACUCAGCUGGCGCUCCACAAGCUUCCGGCAAUCCCGACAGUUAACAUUUGCGGUUAACGGUAAAAUCUAGUCGUCACUAUCAAAUUCUACCACACCAAAGAUGGCACACAAUCAUAGAGUUCCAUACAACAACAACGACCCCAACAACAUUGACAAUCUAAAUGAAAAUCCAGCUGCACGUGGCGCCCCGGAAUAUUUUGAAAAUCUUUUCUUGAAUGGAAAUUUCGCAGCAAACGCUGAUGAGGAGAUGCUGGAUGCCGCGGGAGCACUAGCAGAGCACAACAACUUGGCCGAGAAUGCCAAUUAUGAACCGUCAUGUUGGGUCUUUGGCUACGGUUCGCUCUGCUGGUAUCCCGGCUUCGAGUAUUCCAAAUGCAUAACGGGCUACAUUAAAGGUUUCGUGCGGCGUUUCUGGCAGGGUAAUACCACGCACCGAGGCACUGAUGAGAUGCCCGGCCGCGUGGCGACACUCAUUGAAGACAAAGAGGUGAGUGGCGAGAAUAAUGGCAUCACUUGGGGUUGUGCCUAUAAAAUUACCGGCAGCACGGCGUUGGAUUACCUCAAACAACGCGAAUGUAAGCUAGGCGGUUACAUUGUGCUCGAAACGAAGUUCUUCCCUCGCGUCGCUUCCUUUGAUACACCGUUUAGUGGUGAAGCAGUUCCUGUGUUGGUAUAUGUGGCUACGCCUGAUAAUUGCCAUUGGCUGGGCGAAGAUACAGCUGACAAUAUUGCUGAACAGAUUGUGAAUUGCCGCGGCCCGAGCGGGCACAACGUCGAGUAUUUGUUACGAUUGGCUGAUUUUAUCCGCGAGGAAAUCCCCGACGUUGUGGAUACACACCUGUUCGAGCUGGAGUUUCUGGUGCUGGAAAAAUUGCACAAACGCCAAAUACCUCUGUGGUCUGUGAUGGGUGUGUCGCCGGAACGCAUACGACGGGACUCGCACGAGGAGAUCAAACGACCACCGACAUUCGAAUUCACUUCUCGCAUUGCGGAGCGCAAGUUGCGUUGCUUGAAUAUUUGAUUGGGGAUCAAUGGUAUUGAUAAGCGUCUAACGGAACACAAGGCUGGCUGUAAUAAAUUGUUGUUUUUUUGAUACAUACAUACAAAAAUUCAUAUGUGUAUAAAAUAUAUAUAAGUUCUAGCUGAGUGCGACGAUUCAAGUAGUGAGGAUUCACGUGUUAAAUUAUAAAGAGUGCUAAAGAGUACAUACAUAUUUAUUAUUAUUAACAAUUGGCUUUCGAUGUAUUCAUAAUGUAUUUUGUUAAUUUUUUUUUACUUUAGAACAUUAAAUUUUAUAAUCUUAGCAAUCGUAAGAGAUAAGAGAAAGAAUCGAAACAAUUUAAUGUAAGAUAUGGCUUCCACGCACAUUGUAAUAUAGUUGAUAUAUAUUUUAUAACAUCGCGUUUAGAAAUUAAUAAAAAUAUGAUUAUAGCACAACAAAUUUGUACCAAAUAAAACAACUAAAAAACUCGA